GCGUUUUAUGUACAGUGAUUUACUAUUUCCGGCAUCUUUACCCGUCACUCGUAUUCGUAUAGCCAGUUAGCCACUCUGGCAUUCACCGUCAUCGUCUCUCUCGCCUUCCGUCAACCGCAUCUCCGACGCGACGAUGCAGCGACUCUGCUAGUGAGUUCAAUUUUGAAUUAAUUGCUUAAAGAGUAGUUUAAGAUGGGCUGGAAGGCAGCGGAGAAGCUAGUUAGGCACUGGAAGAUACUCAGAGGAGAUAAUGUUAUGAUAAUCAGGGGUAAGGAUAAAGGUGAGGCGGGUCUUAUCAAGCGGGUCAUCCGCUCUCAGAAUCGUGUCAUAGUUGAUGGGAAGAAUCUGGUUAAGAAACAUAUCAAGCAAGGAGAAGGUCAUGAAGGCGGGAUAUUCACAGUUGAAGCUCCAAUUCAUGUUUCAAAUAUUCAAGUCGUUGACCCUGUGACAGGGAAGCCUUGUAAGGUUGGGAUUAGAUACCUAGAAGAUGGUACCAAAGUUAGAAUAUCCAGAGGGAUAGGAGCAUCUGGAUCUAUAAUCCCUCGUCCUGAGAUUUUAAAGAUAAGGACAACGCCAAGACCUACUGCUGCUGGCCCCAAAGACACUCCAAUGGAUCUUGUGUUGGAGAGGACACAUGAUGCUAAAAGUGGUAAAGGCAUGCCCAACCUCUGAGGUGGCUCGUUCUGGCUCUCUAGUCCUCAAGUAUGUUUCCUGAAGUUGUUGCAGAUAUGUUCGCACGAGUUAGACAUUGACGCAUAAAAUGAGAAUAAUUUUACAAAAUUCCAACAUUAGACAAUGACUGCUGGAUUGUGAUAAAAUCAUGACAGUAAACAAUCUCAAGUAUUAGUUGUGUUUUUGAUGAAUUUUAAUGGUAAUAAAUGUUUCAGGCCUAAUAUUUGAUCUUCUCUGAA